UGUGAACUGAGCAGAGGUGAAGAAGAGGAGGAUGAAGCUGGGAACGGAGGAUGGGAGGAAGAGUGGAAUAAGAGACAGGCUAGCUAUCAAGGGCUGUGUAUGCAUGCCUGCAAGUGUUAAUGCGUGAGUGAGGAAGAGGGAGGUCGUUAUCCGACUGAAACAAAGACUCAUUUUGGAACCCCGAAACAUUAACGGAAACUUUAAACUUUUACCAGCCAGAGCUUGGCUACUGUGCCGGGUCCCGGCUUUGUUUCGCGGCAGGGGUGGUCUACAAUAAAUGAACGGAUAAAAUAGCCCCAGAUCGACAUUUUUUAACGCAAGAGGGGAAUCCCUCGGACAGUGUUUGUUGGGGGUAACGAGAGAAUGGCGGCCAACAUGUACCGAGUGGGAGGUAAGUCUUUAUUUAUUUUUAUUUUGAGGAGACCUCAACGUGAUUGUUCGCUAGCUAUGCUAGGGUAGUUAGCUAGCUGAUUUGCUUUUGCUAGCUAGCGAGUGAUAGUUAUUUCCGCGAAGGCUGGCUAACAGGCUAAUGCUACAUAGCUAACUAAGCUAGCUUGUUAGCAGGACAUGUCAAAUUAGAACGCGUUCCUUGGCUGUUGGUAGCGAGAUAACUAGUUUAGCUUGCUUUAGUUAGCUGUAUUUUAAGACUUUAAUCAACUUGCAGUGUAACUAGUAUAGUCAAGUUUAUAUAACUAGGCACUAGCUGCUUAACGUUAGUUUAACCAACAAGUUAACUUGAGUAUGAUAAAGUUACUUAAACAGCUUUUUUUUUUUUACUUAGCUAGGUAGUAUACUAGAAUGCUAACGUUAGGUACCAUCUGUCACUUGGUUUGGCUAGCUCGCUAACGUUAACUUACAGCUAGCUAGCUGUAUCUUUUUGCUAGCAAGUUAGCUUGCUGUCUCUGUAGGUAGUUAGCAUAUGCUACUAAGCAUAGCACGAUAAUUGAUUAUAGAUUAGUGGGAAGCAACUGUAUUGUUGAACAAAAAUCCUCAACUUCAGACUGUUCCGCAACUUGUACCCUAUUGUAUACUCUUCGUUACCAUUUAGCUACAUUGUUUACCUAGGUUACAAUAUGGUGCAUUUAGAAAACUAACAACAUUCACGUCUGCAUGUUAAAAGCCGGUAAACGUGUGUUAGCUAGGUCGCAAGUUCGCCAUAGCUAAACCGGCUGGAGUCCUCCUCAAUCCCCAGGGUCGACAGCUUUAUUUUAACAUCAACAUUGCAAUUUUCUGAGAUGAUAUUAUUGGUGGUGGGAAAGAUUAUCAACAUCAGUGGUCUUGACUUGGGGCAACGUUGUCUUGUCUUGAGUCAGUGUUUUGGUGGACGCACAGCCACUGACUGAACCAGUGAAAUAUAUAGCCAUAAUGAUACACUCUGAUACAUUCUUGCUAUUUAACGUUGUGUAAGGUCCCACAAGAGCUUCUGUUUUUAGGUCACUGUGAUUAAACGGUGCAGUGUCAGAGGAGAUGCCGCCUUGUUUCUGUGCAUAAUACAAUGUAAACAAGCUCUUGCGCAAAUUAGCCUAAUUAUACUAGUAGAUACCUUCUUGCAGUAUAUGAAUUAUGAUGUUAAUGAAUGCCUUAUUUUACAGGCAACAGCAUAGAUGGAUUUAACUCCUGACUGUCAGAAAGCCACAUGAUAGUGCUGAGACUAGUUUUUCUUUUUGCAAUGCAUUGUUUGGGGCAGUAGGUAGCUUAGUGGUUAAGAGCGUUGUGCCAUUAACCGAAGGGUCGCUGGUUCUAAUCCCCGAGUCGACUAGGUGAAAAAUCUGUCGAUGUGCACUUGAGCAAGACACUUAACCCUAAUUGCUCCUGUAAGUCGCUCUGGAUAAGAGCGUCUGCUAAAUCACUAAAAUGUAAAUUGUUUCGGUUACAGCAUUAUGCAUUAUUCAUUUAAUCUCUACGAACAUGGCAAUUACAGUAUGGUAUUUCAGCCUUUUAAUCCCCAUACCCCCCCCCCCCCACCCCCCACCUCAGUGAUCUUGGCUUUGAGACUGUGCCUGUGACGGCACUGCUCUGCAGAUGGUAGUGUCUUCCGGCCUGUCUGUCGGCAAGGCCUGCCUGCCUAUAGUCACUCACAUCAGUACCCUCACAGCACUGCCUCCCAGAACCUCAGAGCGCGACAAAAUACUUAAUAUUAACCCGUGCACCGUCGACCUCCUGGAGGGAACCUUCCCAGAGAGCUCGCACAAGAGUCAACCGUUGUCUGUUGUUGUUCCAUCAUUGAGGAAAGUGAUGUUCUUGCCAAUUUUCUUGCUCCAGUCAAGGUGGUCACAAGAACCCAGUGCCUAGCAGAAUGCCCAGUUGGGUAGCUUUGGGCCAGCGUCUCAGAGUAGAAGUUCUGAUCUAGGAUCAGGUUUCCCCCUGUCCAUUUCAUCUUAUUCAGGCUAAACUGAUCCUAGGUCAGCCCUCGUACUCUGAGACGUGUUAUGAAAAAGGUCCUUGGUUUAGUAUGCAGUGGUGUGUCUAAAACUAGUUGUUUAUGGUGAAUUUCGAAGUGUUGUGUUUAGCGAGUUCUGUUAUCUUCCCAAACAUGAGUGACAGUACAGGGGAUGCUGUCACAGCUACAGACUGUUGCUGCUUUUCUGUGGUGGAAUGAGUGGAGUGACUCUGUCACAGCUACUGACUGUUGCUGCUUCUCUAUGGUGGAGCUUCUACUUCUGACGUGUCACUCUUGACAUUAUGCGUGUGGAAAUUAAAUGUGGGUGGAAAUUAAAUUGAGCCCUAAUGAUUAAUUGGGGUAUGAGGACGGUCCGUUGUAUUUGCUCAGUGAGGCGGUUAGUCCCGAGGGUCCCACAUUUCAUAGUUUUAAAUGUUUCUCUGCACCUCAUCUGAAAAUGUAUAGUCUGGUGGAUUUAGGCCUACUAGUGUAUUGAAAACAGGCUAUAACCUCACAGAAAACCACAGGUCACUCAUCUCAUGAAUAGCUUUUACUUGCUUCCAUUAGCUGAAUGAAAUGGCUUGGUCUAGGGCUAUGCCCUGUUUUAUAGCCAGAGGAGACUAUCGACAGCCCUAUCGACAGCCCUUACACAGCCUGGAGGUGUGUUGGGUCAUUGUCCUGCUGAAAAACAAAUGAUAGUCCCACUAAGCGCAAACCAGAUGGGAUGGUGUAUCGCUGCAGAAUGCUGUGGUAGCCAUGCUGGUUAAGUGUGCCUUGAAUUCUAAAUAAAUCACAGACGGUGUCACCAGCAAAGCACCAUCACACCUCCUCCUCCAUGCUUCACAGUGGGAACCACACAUGCAGAGAUAAUCCGUUCACCUACUCACAAAGACGCGGCGGUUGUAACCAAAAAUCUCACAUUUGGACUCAUCAGACUGAAGGACAGAUUUCCACCGGUCUAAUGUCCAUUGCUUGUGUUUCUUGGCCCAAGCAAGUCUCUUCUUAUUGGUGACCUUUAGUAGUGGUUUCUUUGCAGCAAUUCGACCAUGAAGGCCUGAUUCACGCAGUCUCCUCUGAACAGUUGAUGUUGAGAUGUGUCUGUUACUUGAACUCUGUGAAGCAUUUAUUUGGGUAUAUUUUGAUUUGUUUAACACUUUUUUGGUUACUACAUGAUUACAUAUGUGUUAUUUCAUAGUUUUGAUGUCUUCACUAUUAUUCUACAAUGUAGAAAAUAGUAAAAAAAAAAAAAAAAAACCUUGAAUGAGUAGGUGUGUCCAAACUUUUGACUGGUGCUGUGUGUGUGUGUGUGUGUAUAUAUAUAUAUAUAUAUCUCCUAAAAAAUGAACAUCAUAGACAUCUGGUUAAUGCUGACAAAGUAUCUGAGCUGAGGUUGUUCCCCAUUCCUCUUCAAAAAGCCCCUCUCCCUGGGCCAUUGAUCCUCGGCGAGGCACCGCUUUAGCCUACUGUCUCUCACUGAUUCAGGCAGGCAAGGAGCCCCAUAUCGUGAAGAGGGAGGACAGUGGGGCAAGACAGAGAGCCGAGAACAUGGAUGAGUACGGAGAAAGAGGGUAUGAAUUGUUGAAGGGAAAGAAAAUAGAGGACCAUAUGAUGCGCACAUCUCUCUUUCUCUUAAGCGUUGAGACAGAUUCCUUCCAUCCCAGUGUUGGUGGUUACAUAACGGCAGUGGAGGCAUUUCUCCCCUGUCAUACACAACAUACUGUAACCUACAGCAUAGGACUCUCCCUGUAGUAGCGUGAGAAAUGUGCUUCCCUCCCCCCCUAUAGAAUGGGUAUGAUGCAUUGUGAUGUAAGCCAUUGUUGAUGUCAAUCUUAGGUUUAGUGUCCCUGUUUUCUGGUAAUCAGAUGCAAGGCAACAUAUCAUUGAUCACAGACACUAUUUCCAAUAUGUUUUCUGUAUUAACCUAGUUUCUUAUGUGUAGAUAAUAGGGUUAAGUGAUAUUACGAUAUAAAAAAAAAUAUAUAUAUAUAUAUAUACAUACAGUACCAGUCAAAAGUUUGGACACACCUACUCAUUCCAGGGUUUUUCUUUAUUUUUACUAUGUUCUACAUUGUAGAAUAAUAGUGAAGACAUCAAAACUAUGAAAUAACACAUUUGGAAUCAUGUAGUAACCAAAAAAGUGUUAAACAAAUCAAAAUAUAUUUUAUAUUUGAGAUUCUUCAAAGUAGCCACCCUUUGCCUUGAUGACAGCUUUGCACCCUCUUGGCAUUCUCUGUUUGUGAACAGCCUAAAUAAGAACAUGGUAAGUUAAGGAGAGAGAAAAGAAACAAUUGCAAGAGAGACUUUAUGGAAUGGGAAGUUUAAACAAACCUUCUACAUUUCUGUCCUCCACCCGACCAAAGCUUUAGAAAACAAAUUAAAAAUGCCAGAAAAUCUCUCCUGCAAACCAAACAGCCAAUAAUAUAUGCCUAUACUAGGCUACUGCCAAUACAAUUAGCAGUAAACGUUACUUGUACAAGUUAAACUUUUAUAAACUAACAUUUCUAUUAUCGUCAUAGUGUUUAUUCAUCUUCUUGAAUUGCGCAACUGGCCUACAUAAGCUAACACGGCAGCGCUUUCCAUAAGCGGAAUAUUUAAAAAAAAUGAAUGAUGUCGGUUGUCUCACAAACUACUUUAUUUCGAAUAGCUAUUACGAAUAGUGCAUUUAUUUCAAAGCCAGCAACAAUCACUAUUUUUUUAAAUUUGUUAUAACAUUUAUAACAACUGAAUAACGAAUGAACCGUAUAUAAAAAACGAACAGGCCUAUUGACCUUGUGCCUUGUUGCCUAUAGAAUAGGCAUGCCAAAAAAUGCUAUAAAAUGAAUAACCCAUAUUUGGAUAGGCUAUUUUGUUAUUUGUAGCCUAAGUACAAAAUAAACCAAAUAAAUUAGUGCAGGUAAGUAUUUCAAGCCACACUGGUACACUUAUCAUAAUAUUUUUGACUAGGCCUGAGCUACAUUUCUUUCGAAUAAAACUAAUCUGUAAAUAGGUUUUGAAAAUGCAACAAAUAAUAACUGCAAUGAAGACCCAUUCGGCCUAUUUUUCUUUAUCUUACCUAAAAGGUUUCUGGAACACAAGGAUGUUCAACUUUUCUGGCUUUAGUAGACUGUGGAGUGGGUUAACAAUAAGUAACCUAUUGCCUGCUGUACUGAAAACACAUUCAGACGGAACAUUUGUUGCACAGAUACAGAGGUAGGCCUAUUUGCGGGCAACGUUGGCCCAGAGAGCAAAGCGACCCUCACUCCCUCUCCGCCAUGAGUGGGUCAUCAGAUCCUCCAAUGACAUCUUUGAGUAGGUAGGUUGUGAGCUCUGUGCUGGCACGCUGUUGCGCACUGUGUGACUGGUUUGCUUUGCUCUCCCAAGAAGACUGCCCAGUGAUGUCUUCUAUGGUGAACAUGCGCACUCGGUCUCAGUUGAAAUAGUCAGAAAUCAGAAUUUGAAAGGGUCUUGUAUCACACAGUAGGCCUACGAUGUGUGGUUCCAAAUCGCCAUUCAAAGGUGUCUGGGUACCACAUCACCAUAUGAUUGGUUUAUAUUUAUCUAUUUGCACACAAGAAAAUACAACAUUGGUAAGAUUUCCACAUUGUAGUCCUAAUGAUUAGACUCGAUUCGGGUGGUUUGUGCAUGACAAAGGGUCGUUUCCACUAGUUACCACAGCCACAAAGUAAUAAACCCAGCCUAUUUCUAUAAUUUUCUCUUCUUAAAAUCUGCUUUUAAACCUAACCUCCACCCUAACCACACUUCUAACCUUAAAUGAAGACUAAAAAGCAAAUUUUUUGUUUUCUUAAAUUUUCUCUAUAGCCAAUUUUGACUUUGUGGCUGCUGUAACUAGUGGAAACAUGAGAGGCUGCGUGACAGAUUGUUUACUGCGUUGCUAAGCAACAAUGCUCUCCCCAAGCCCCGGGUUAAAAAAACCCAACUAGAGGGAGGAUGUCAUUCCAGACAUCGCCCAACCCUAGUAUGUCAUCACCGGUUAUUACAUUUACAUUACAUAUCACUGGCGAGGAAGCCGUUAUGGUGGGUUAAGGUUUGGUAUUGUAACCUAGACCUUAGUUGUAGGCUAGACCUAGGCCAAUAAUAGUGUGGGCAUACACCAAACCAAUUUUAGUGUUGUCUUGGAAGUGAUUUGAAAUGAAGAACAGCCUAUGAUGUCACUGUAGCCAGUCUUUUGAAUGGGAUGUGCAGCGUUCGUCAGUGCCCUUGACCCUGGAUAAACGAUCAAUGGGCUGUGUGGAAGAGAUGGAGGCCCACCGUCUCUGUAGGUAAAGGCUUAGAGCCUAGUUAAUUGAACUGAAGUCUCAUUUUCUGGGGUCACUUUUUAGUCACACCAGCAUCUCUCAUAAUGUAGUUGUAUUCUGAGAAGUGAGGGAAUUCAAUUCCUAGUCGUCGCAUGCAAGCACCAAUCAUGUUAUGAGGUAGCCUGGGAUGGCUCAGUGAUUAUUGGCUCACUUGUCUUUGAAAUGGCAGACACACAGACAGGACGUGUUGUGCAAAUCUAUUCGCUCUCCCUACCCAGCACCUGUAGGCUUUUUGAUGGAUUGAGUUUUGCCUGGUGAAAGCCUGUCUGAGUGAUGUUAUUACUGUGAUGUGUAUGUAGUGGGUUCCCCUUAGUCAUAUUAAGUAAGUAACUGUACAAAGACUCAAAGUCCAAACUCCACAUACACAACAAGGGUUUUCCUUUGAACAUGUGUUACCGUAACCGAAGAGGUCAAGUUCAAAGUCACAAACUGAAUUGACAUGAUACAGAUUUGUAUGAUUCCUACUUUCUCUUUCACUUUCAGAUUACGUGUACUUUGAGAAUUCUUCCAGCAACCCCUACCUGAUCCGCAGAAUAGAAGAGCUCAACAAGGUUGGUGGAAUAACCGGUCCUUCACAUCUAACCUCUGAUUUGGUGCGUUUACAUAAAAAUCUUGCUGACAUCGACAGCCCCGUUUUGUAAAUGUAAAGGUUAUCAUAUCUGACCUUUUUUUAUAGCCAGUCUGCAUGUAACCCAUUCGUACCCUGGGAUAAUGCUGGUGGUAAAAAACACGGGGACACACACACCUCCCAGCCACGUUCUAACCACUACUCCCUUGCCACACACAGUAGUGACAAGAUGCUGGUACAAGAGCCAUUACAUAACAUGGCUAGUUGUAGUUGUAGCAGUAGAGUAGCGGCGUAUGUCACAGGCUUGUUUCCCAGUCCAAAGGAUUUAAGCUCAUUUAUGUAACACUCUUAAAUUGAAGUGGUUGUUGGCGAACACCACUAUGAAAACUCAAUCAUUCUGAGCACUAAUGGAAGUAGAGGAGGGGAAUAAUAUAAAUUAUCAUUACUAUUAGUAUGACUGAGGUUGUGUCAGAAAUGGCGUCCUAUUCCCUAUCUAGUACUCUACUUUUGCCCAGAGCUUCAUUGAGGCUCUGGCCCAAAAGUAGUUCACUGAAUAGGGUGCCAUUUCAUGUAGGGCUGGGAAUUGCCAGGGACCUCACGAUACGAUGUUAUCACGAUACUUAGGUGCCGAUUAUGAUAUGUAUUGUGAUUCUAUAUGUAUUAUGAUACGAUACUGUCAUUUUAUUGCAAUUAUUUCACACAUCGCUCACUAUAUGUCUGCUGCAGAGAGACGAGAGCAUGAGAAAUGUUUUGAUCAGUCAUGGAAAUGAGAGCUGGAAAACAUGUUGGCUCACGAUUUAAAAAGAUGGAGGACAAGCUAUAGGAUGAAAAAUACCAGAGUUUUGGCACAGGUAUAUCCGACAAGCGCUCGCUAACGCUACCUAGCGAAGAAGAGUGAAAGUAUUGAUAUACAGUGGGGGGGAAAAAGUAUUUAGUCAGCCACCAAUUGUGCAAGUUCUCCCACUUAAAAAGAUGAGAGAGGCCUGUAAUUUUCAUCAUAGGUACACAUCAACUAUGACAGACAAAAUGAGAAAAAAAAAUUCCAGAAAAUCACAUUGUAGGAUUUUUCAUGAAUUUAUUUGCAAAUUAUGGUGGAAAAUAAGUAUUUGGUCAAUAACAAAAGUUUCUCAAUACUUUGUUAUAUACCCUUUGUUGGCAAUGACACAGGUCAAACGUUUUCUGUAAGUCUUCACAAGGUUUUCACACACUGUUGCUGGUAUUUUGGCCCAUUCCUCCAUGCAGAUCUCCUCUAGAGCAGUGAUGUUUUGGGGCUGUCCCUGGGCAACACGGACUUUCAACUCCCUCCAAAGAUUUUCUAUGGGGUUGAGAUCUGGAGACUGGCUAGGCCACUCCAGGACCUUGAAAUGCUUCUUACGAAGCCACUCCUUCGUUGCCCGGGCGGUGUGUUUGGGAUCAUUGUCAUGCUGAAAGACCCAGCCACGUUUCAUCUUCAAUGCCCUUGCUGAUGGAAGGAGGUUUUCACUCAAAAUCUCACGAUACAUGGCCCCAUUCAUUCUUUCCUUUACACGGAUCAGUCGUCCUGGUACCUUUGCAGAAAAACAGCCCCAAAGCAUGAUGUUUCCACCCCCAUGCUUCACAGUAGGUAUGGUGUUCUUUGGAUGCAACUCGGCAUUCUUUGUCCUGCAAACACGACGAGUUGAGUUUUUACCAAAAAGUUAUAUUUUGGUUUCAUCUGACCAUAUGACAUUCUCCCAAUCCUCUUCUGGAUCAUCCAAAUGCACUCUAGCAAACUUCAGACGGGCCUGGACAUGUACUGGCUUAAGCAGGGGGACACGUCUUGCACUGCAGGAUUUGAGUCCCUGGCGGCGUAGUGUGUUACUGAUGGUAGGCUUUGUUACUUUGGUCCCAGCUCUCUGCAGGUCAUUCACUAGGUCCCCCCGUGUGGUUCUGGGAUUUUUGCUCACCGUUCUUGUGAUCAUUUUGACCCCACGGGGUGAGAUCUUGCGUGGAGCCCCAGAUCGAGGGAGAUUAUCAGUGGUCUUGUAUGUCUUCCAUUUCCUAAUAAUUGCUCCCACAGUUGAUUUCUUCAAACCAAGCUGCUUACCUAUUGCAGAUUCAGUCUUCCCAGCCUGGUGCAGGUCUACAAUUUUGUUUCUGGUGUCCUUUGACAGCUCUUUGGUCUUGGCCAUAGUGGAGUUUGGAGUGUGACUGUUUGAGGUUGUGGACAGGUGUCUUUUAUACUGAUAACAAGUUCAAACAGGUGCCAUUAAUACAGGUAACGAGUGGAGGACAGAGGAGCCUCUUAAAGAAGUUGUUACAGGUCUGUGAGAGCCAGAAAUCUUGCUUGUUUGUAGGUGACCAAAUACUUAUUUUCCACCAUAAUUUGCAAAUAAAUUCAAAAAAAGUCCUACAAUGUGAUUUUCUGGAUUUUUUUCCCCUCAAUUUGUCUGUCAUAGUUGACGUGUACCUAUGAUGAAAAUUACAGGCCUCUCUCAUCUUCUUAAGUGGGAGAACUUGCACAAUUGGUGGCCGACUAAAUACUUUUUUUCCCCCACUGUAUGUUCCAAAAUAAUAUUGUGAUAUGUGAUUUAAAAAAUAUAUAUAUAUAUCACUAAUUGGUGUGAGAAGGUAUCCUCGGUUAGAGCGUUGGGCCAGUAACCGAAAGGUUGCUGGUUUCGAAUCCCGGCACCGACAAGAUAAAAGAUCUCGCUUUGCCCUUGAGCAAGGCACUUAACUCUAAUUGCUCCAGGGGCGCUGGACAUGGUAACCCUGGCCGUGACCCCGCUCCCUGCGGCUGUCUCUGGGAGUUGCGAUAUGCAAGAAAUACAUUUCGGCAAGCAUUGGAAUUGUCGCCCAUUAGUAAUUGACCGCUCUUGUCACGUCUGUCACAGACGGCCAAUGGGAACGUGGAAGCGAAGGUGGUGUGUCUCUUCCGGAGGCGGGACAUCUCGGGCAACCUCAACACUCUGGCCGACAGCAACGCAAGUGAGUACAACCGCAUGUCUACCUGUCUGUCUGUCUACCUGUCUGUCUGCCUGUCUGUCUGCCAGUCUGUCUACCUGUCUGUCUACCUGUCUGUCUGCAAGUCUGUCUACCUGUCUGUCUGUCUGUCUGUCUGUCUGUCUGCCAGUCUGUCUACCUGUCUGUCUGCCUGUCUGUGUGUCCUUCAGUCUCUCUCUUAGUCCAUCAGAACUCUGCUCCGUCACAUCUCUCUAAUACACACACUAUGCCAAACUUAUGCUGUGCAGUCUAUGGACUGUGUAAAGUUAUUGAAGAGCAUUAUUAGAAUAGACGAAACAACAGCCUCUUUCAUAAACCAGUUUAUUAUCACCAUCCAGGAUAUGAGUACUGUGUUGUGUUCCAAUCCGAUUGGAAUCUUCCCUCUGCACUACCAGCAGGCAAUUGGCUCUCUCUCUUAAGUAGAGGGAUGCUCUGGCUACGUCGCAAAUGGCACCCUAUUCCCUAUAUAGUGCAUUGCUUUUGACCAGAUCCUUGUGGGUCCUGGUCAAAAGUAGCGCACUAUCUAGGGAAUAGGGUACCAUUUGGGACACACCUUCUGUCUCUAGCUGAAGCACAACUGUGUGUGUGAGACUGCAUAGUGCUAUUCCACUGCAGCUGUUAGUAGGAAUAUGAUACUUUUAUACAUUUCAACUUUUAAAUUUUAGUCAUUUAGCAGACGCUCUUAUCCAGAGCGACUUACAGUUAGUGAGUGCAUACAUUUUCAUACUGGCCCCCCGUGGGAAACGAACCCACAACCCUGGCGUUGCAAACGCAUAGCUCUACCAACUGAGCUACAGGGGACUAAUUCACAAUGGAGAAGGGAAAUAGUUUGUUUCUAUCAUGAAUCAUACUGUACUUGUUGUUGUUGUUGUUGUUGUUGUUGUUGUAGUAGGACUAAUAGUGGCUGGCUAUUGGUUUGAGAGUCAGUGUUUUUUAUCACACAAAUAUCACACAGUCAAGGGUAUCCCACUGAAGUGACCUGGUGCAGUUGUAUGGAUGAACAGUGAUCAGAGAGAGAUGGAGGAGAGGUAGAGAGAUGUAGAGGGAGAGGGGGAAAGGGAGGUGGGGGGGAAAGGGAGGGGGAGAGAAGCGGGUGCCGAGGUAGUGAGAAGGUGAAGCUAAUGACACAGGUGACUGAGAGCCCUGAUCGGAUACUCUCUCUCUCUCUCACACACACACACACACACACACACACACACACACACACACACCCCUCCUCUAACAUGGUGGGCUGCAUGCAGUGCUACAGACAAAAGACACUCAGAUCCACACCUCAAAAUGGAUCCAUCGACCUAUAGUACCUAGUACUGGAUGUAAUGCUGAUGAACAUAGCUGAAUUUGUUUGACUAUUUGGAUAGUGUGAUAUUUUUUAUUAUAUGAGGUACCUGUGUACAGUAUCUCCAGUUUGGUUUCACAAAAGAUACUUAGGCUAUUGUAAGUCAGUCUGGAUAAGAGCUUCUGCUAUGAAGAAGAGCAUUGGUCCUGUCUGUGGCUGUUUAGUGACAAUAGUAGGUCCAGUAGGAGGCAGGCAUGGCCAGGAGGAGCAAGGUGGGGAUCUCCUCUCCUGCCUGUCAGCCCUGGAGCUCUGCUAGCCAAGUGGUUAUGUUAUGUCACCGCGGUGGGUUAGCGUUAACUGCCCCUGUGGCCUGUGUGCUGCGGAGGAAUUCCAUCUACCCUCCCCUGGAGGUCAGCGGAAAAACAGACAGAGAGCCCUCAAACUGGCUGGAACCAGUCUAUGAGCCUGGGAGAGAGGGGGAGGUUGUGUUCCAAAUAAACGGCCACAACUGGGCCGGAGUACCGAUAGUGUCCAGUUUAGCCCCAGCCACCCUCGGGGUCUGGCCUGGCUGCCUGGUCCACUCUGGUCUGGCAUGCUCUUGUGUAUACACACACACACACUCUGUCGGCCAUUACGUUAUGCUAAUCUACGUCUUUCGUCUCCCUCUCCUGCGUUUUGGCGCCCUAAAAAACGCCUGUACUCCAGCCUCCCUCGGCAGCACGAGCCACCGCUUUGGCACUGUCCUGUUAUACAUGACCUGGGCUUCUCUCUCUCUGUCUCUCUGUCUCUCUCUCUGUCUCUCUGUGUCUCUCUCUCUCUGUCUCUCUCUCUGUCUGUCUGUCUGUCUCUGUCUGUCUGUCUGUCUCUCUGCCUCCUUUAUUCUCCUCCUCUCCCACCAGACCCCCUCCUGCCCCCCCCCCCCCCCCCUUCUCAUCUGAGUGCAGCCCCUUCCACCCCUCCCUCUGCUUAUCCUCCGGCCCAGGCACGCUGCUCAGAACAAAAGGUCCUUGAUGUGUCCCACAGGGCUGCGGCACGCAACGAGUUAACUCUGACUUGCCUUGUCUUUUGUCAGGGAAGAGUGAGUGUGAGAGACUGUGUGCAGGGAGAGAGAGCGCGUGCGCUGCUCUGCUGGAGCGCCAUUGUGCGUGCCUCGAUUGCUUGUUUGUGUGUUCCUGUCUGUCUGUGUGUGUGUGUGUGUGUGUGUGUGUACAGUAUGCGUUUCUUUUGUGUGUGUGUGUGUGGGGGGGUGGUGUAUGCGCCUCAGGUUUGGUGCACAGGGUUUCCCACUUAGUCUGGCAGGGACACGCCGGGGGGGGAGGGUGGAGGCGGGGGUUGAUGUCAGGAGUGGUUAACAGAAAGGGGUGUGGCCUGAGGUCCCGUCCCCUCUCUCUACCACUGACAGGGUUUCCUGUGGCUGAGUGCAGGGGCGGAGUCCGUGGAGAUCGAGAGAUAGUCCUGCCCAGUGCUCUCUCCCCAAUCAAUUCACCACCCCCACCACCUCACACACGUUACUGACUCACCCUCCUGAAAUUAGGAAUGUACAAUCUAGUAGUGUAACACAAGGUAUAUUACAAAACUAUCUUCCAUAUCAAUGUUUGUUUAUCUGCAUGGACUCAGUUUAGCCUGCCAGAUCAUAAAGGCGAUAUGCAGUCAUUUGUUUACAUUGUAGGGGUAUACUAGGUCAGUCCCUAGAAUAGACUGGAAUAGUUUGUCCUUCCGAGUAGGAAAUUAUUUUCAUGGUCUGGUAUUGGUUGCACUUAAGUUGUAGGGACAGUUACAGGUUAAAGUUCCAGGUUAUACAGUGCAUUCAGAAAGUAUUCAGAUCCCUUCCCUUUUUCCACAUUUUGGCCUUAUUCUAAAAUUGAUUAAAUGUUUUUUCCCUCAGCAAUCUACACACAAUACCCAAUAAUUACAAAGCAAAAACAGGUUUUUAUAAAUUUUUGCAAAACAAAAACACCUUAUUUACAUACGCUACUGUUCAAAAGUUUGGGGUCACUUAGAAAUGUCCUUGUUUUUGAAAGAAAAUAAAAACAUUUUGUUCAUUAAAAUAACAUCAAAUUGAUCAGAAAUACAGUGUAGACAUGUUGUAAAAAAAAUUUUUUUUUAAAUGGAAUAUCUACAAAGACGUACAGAGGCCCAUUAUCAGCAACCAUCAGUCCUGUGUUCCAAUGGCACGUUGUGUUUGCUAAUCCAAGUUUAUCAUUUUAAAAGGCUAAUUGAUCAUUAGAAAACCCUUUUGCAAUGAUGUUAGCACAGCUGAAAACUGUUGUGCUGAUUAAAGAAGCAAUAAAACUGGCUUUAAACAUAUUAAAUAGUACCCGCAAAACACCAGUCUCAACAGUGAAGAGGCAACUCUGGGAUGCUGACCUAGGCAGAGUUGCAAAGAAAAAGCCAUAUCUCAGACUGGCCAAUAAAAAGAAAAGAUUAAGAUGGGCAGUCUGAGAGAUGGCUUUUUCUUUGCAGCUCUGCCUAGAAGGUCAGCAUCCCGGAGUUGCCUCUUCACUGUUGACGUUGAGACUGGUGUUUUGCGGGUACUAUUUAAUGAAGCUGCCAGUUGAGGACCUGUGAGGCGCCUGUUUCUCAAACUAGACACUCUAAUGUAUUUGUCCAGUUGUGCACCGGGGCCUCCCACUCCUAUUUCUAUUCUGGUUAGAGCCAGAAGGGAGUAGUACACAGCGUUAUACGAGAUCUUCAGUUUCUUGGCAAUUUCUCGCAUGGAAUAGCCUUCAUUUCUCAGAACAAGAAUAGACUGAUGAGUUUCAGAAGAAAGUUAUUUGUUUCUGGCCAUUUUGAGCCUGUAAUCAAACCCACAAUUGCUGAUGCUCCAGAUACUCAACUAGUCUCAAGAAGGCCAGUUGUAUUGCUUCUUUAAUCAGCACAACAGUUUUCAGCUGUGCUAACAUAAUUGCAAAAGGGUUUUCUAAUGAUCAAUUAGCCUUUUAAAAUGAUAAACUUGGAUUAGCAAACACAACGUGCCAUUGGAACACAGGACUGAUGGUUGCUGAUAAUGGGCCUCUGUACGCCUAUGUAGAUAUUCCAUUAAAAAUCAGCCGCUCCAGCUACAAUAGCUAUUUACAACAUGUCUACACUGUAUUUCUGCUCAAUUUGAUGUUAUUUUAAUGGACAAAGAAAAUGCAUUUAUUUCAAAAACAAGGAAAUGUCUAAGUGACGCCAAACUUUUGAACGGUAGCGUAAGUAUUCAGACCCUUUGCUAUUCGACUUGAAAUUGAGCUCCGGUGCAUUCUGUUUCUAUUGAUCAUCCAUGAGACAUUUCUACAACUUGAUUGGAGUCCACCUGUAGUAAAUUCAAUUGAUUGGACAGGAUUGUGUCGAGGCACAGAUCUGGGGAAGGGUACCAAAACAUUUCUGCAGCAUUGAAGGUCCCCAAGAACACUGUGGCCUCCAUCAUUCUUAAGUGGAAGAAGUUUGGAACCAGAAAGACUCUUCCUAGAGCUGGCCGCCCAGCCAAACUGAGCAAUCGGGGGAGAAGUGCCUUGGUCAGGGAGGUGUCCAAGAACCCAAUGGUCACUCUGUGGAGAUGGGAUAACCUUCCAGAUGGAUAACCAUCUCUGCAGCACUCCACCAAUCAGGCCUUUAUGGUAGAGUGACCAGACGGAAGCCACACCUCAGUAAAAGGCACAUGACAGCCUGCUUGGAAUUUGGCAAAAGGCACCUAAAGGACUCUCAGACCAUGAGAAACAAGAUUCUCUGGUCUGAUGAAACCAAGAUUGAAUGCUUUGGCCUGAAUACCAAGCGUCAUGUCUGGAGGAAACCUGGCACCAUCCCUACGGUGAAGCAUGGAGGGGGCAACAUCAUGCUUUGGGGAUGUUUUUCAGCAGCAGGGACUGGGAGACUAGUCAGGAUAGAGGGAAAGCUGAACGGAACAAAGUACAGAUAGAUCCUUGAUGAUAACCUGCUCCAGAGCGCUCAGGACCUCAGACUGGGGUGAAGGUUCACCUUCCAACAGGACAACGACCCUAAGCACACAGCCAAGACAACACAGGAGUAGCUUCGGGACAAGUCUCUGAAUGUCCUUGAGUGGCCCAGCCAGAGCCCGGACUUGAACCCGAUCGAACAUCUCUGGAGAGACCUGAAAAUAGCUGUGCAGCGACGCUCCCCAUCCAACCUGACAGAGCUUGAGAGGAUCUGCAGAGACAAAUGGGAGAAACUCCCCAAAUACAGGUGUGCCAAGCUUGUAGCGUCAUAGCCAAGAAGACUCAAGGCUGUAAUUGCAACCAAAGGUGCUUCAACAAAGUACUGAGUAAAGUGUCUGAUUUAUUUAUGUAAAUGUCAUAUUUCCGUUUUUUAUUAUUAAUAAAUUAGCAAACAUUUCUAAAGACCUGUUUUUGCUUUGUCAUUAUGGGGUAUUGUGUGUAGAUUGAGGAUGUUUAUUUAUUUAAUCCAUUAUAGAGUAAGGCUGUAAUUUUAACAAAAUGUGGGAAAAGUCAAGGGGUCUGAAUACUUUCCGAAUACACUGUAUAUAAUGAUAGACUUAAGGUAACUAUCCAGUGUUUCCAGAUUUCUAUGAAAUGUGACUUAUAAUUAAUUACAAUGUAGGUGAAGUAGUUUUCCUUCCAAAAAAUGGUAAUUAAGUUUAUUAAAAAGCAGCUUUUCUGUGUUGGAAUGGUGUGGGUGUACCCCUGAUUGGCCAGCUCAUCGUCCUCAGGAGGAUGACAUCAUCAUCUAUGAGGAAAUAGCAAGCAAUUUUUAAACUGUCUGUUUGAGGUGGGGCUUUUUAAGUGUUUUUUUAAUGUUUUAGGAUGGAGGCAGCUGUUCGAUCCCCUGUUCCGCCACUCACUUUCUGAGCUUUAUCCCUCUUACUGUAAUCCAUCAAAUGUUUAACCUGUAUCUCUAAAUAAAACUAAAAAUUAUUCAAAUAAGGGUAAAGCGGGAUCUUCAUCUCCAUAGCCACAAUUAUCAAUCAGUUAUAUUGAUGUGAAUUAAUUUGAUCAUACCCUGAUCAAGAAUAUUAGCGCCCAUAUAAUUGGAAAGUGUGCAUUGUUGCUCAUUUGUUUUUGUGUGUGUCCUGUGUGUGUUUUCAUAGGAGACUUUGAGGAGGAGUCCAAGCAGCCCACAGUGUCUGAACAGCAGAAACACCAGCUGAAACACAGAGAACUCUUCCUCUCUCGGCAGUUUGAGUCUCUACCAGCCACUCACAUACGGUAAUCGAGAGAAAGAGUGUGUGUGUGUGUGUGUGUGUCCUGAGGCGUAGACUCACUGCAUAGCAGUAGCUGCAAACAAGGGUGCUGCCAUUGAACCCGUUCAAAUCUGACAGGAUAUAGUGUCAUAUGACAGGGCUGAUAUGUCCUUUCCUCAUUUCCAUCAACUCAUCCAUGACCACUGGCUGCGUCCCCUCUGACUUCAAAAUGGCCAGAGUCGCGCCCCUCCUCAAGAAACCAACACUCGACCCCUCUGAUGUCAAACUAUAGACCUGUAUCCCUUUCUUUUCUCUCAAACACUUGAGCGCUCUAUCUCUGAUCAACUCUCUCGCUAUCUCUGAACAACUCUCUCGCUAUCUCUCACAGAACGAUCUUCUUGUCCCUAACCAAUCAGGCUUCAUAACGGGUCACUCAACCGAGACUGCUCUCCGCUGUGUCAUGGAGGCUCUCCGUACUGCCAAAGCUGACUCUCUCGCCUAUGUUCUCGUCCUACCUAGUUCUAUCCACAGCCUUCGAACCGUGAACCAUUGGAUCUUCCUCUCCACCCUCUCAUGGCUGGGCAUCUCAGCCUCUGCACCCUCUUGGAUUACAUCCUACCUGGCAGGUCACUCCUACCAGGUGAUGUGGAGAGGGUCUGUGUCUGCACCACGUACUCUCACUACUGGUGUCCCCCAGGGCUCGGUUCUAGUCCCUCUCCUCUUCUCUCUAUACACCAAGUCACUCAGCUCCGUCAUAUCCUCACUGGUUCCCCCCCCCCCCCCCCCCCCCCCCCCUCUGACACCCAGGUGGCGACACGCCUGUCUGCAGCAUCACUGGCAAAUAUCUCAGCUUGGAUAUCAACCCUCAAGCUCAACCUCAACAAGACUGAGCUGCUCUUCCUCCCAGGGAAGGCCUGCCCACUCCAGGACCUCUCCAUCACGGUUGACAACGCCACGGUGUCCCCCUCCCAGAAUGCAAAGAAUCUUGGCGUGACCCUGGACAACACGCUGUCGUUCUCUGCAAACAUCAAAGCAGUGACUCGCACCUGCAGGUUCAUGCUCUACAACAUCCAUAAAGUACGACCCUGCCUCACACAGGAAGCGGCGCAGGUCCUAAUCAUCUCCCGUCUGGACUACUGCAAUUCGUUGUUGGCAUGGUUCUCCACUUGUGCCAUCAAACCCCUGCAACCUUUCCAGAACACCGCAGCCCACCUGGUGUUUAACCUUCCCAAGUUCUCCCAUGUCACCCCGCUCCUCCGCACACUCUACUGGCUUCCUGUCGAAGCUCGUAUCCACUACAAGACCAUGGUACUUGCCUACGGAGCAGCAAGAGGAACUGCCCCUCCCUACCUUCAAGCUAUGCUCAAAACCUACACCUCAACCAGAGCACUCCGUUCUGCCACCUCUGGUCUCUUGGCCUUCCCAUCUAAACUACCAGGGAAAAUGAUCUAUGGCCCAUUCAUAACCAUUAAGCCAGCAAUGUGUUCAAACUGUCCCUUCAUAACAUGAACCAUCAUCACAGUUCAGGCUCUUGAUUUAAAAAUAUGUUGAUGGGUGAUAAGUGUUGAAAUUAUCUUGAAUAUUCGUAACUUGUUCAUUCACAGCGUUUCCACAGACGUUUCUUUGUUUUCCAAUGCCUAAUUGGGGAGGUGUUAAAGUAGCAAGGUUAGGUGCAGGUCAGUUCAGAUUAAUAGAAGACCUUUGGGAGGUUUUUAAGUGUGUUUUGCAUGGUGCCUUAUUGACAUCUGAAUGCCCGUCCCUCUCUCUUCUCCGGUCACCUCUCGCUCUCCCCAGGGGGAAAUGUAACGUCACACUCCUCAACGAAACGGACGUCCUCGCCGGCUACCUGGAAAAAGAGGUGAGCUUCAGUCUCUUACAGUGAGGCAAACUGGACACUGUAGUAUAAGGAUUUAUGCCAAAAUAUUUGCGUCUUCUCCUAAAAAAAACAAAAAACAAUGUAUUACUCCUUGAGCAAGGAUCGUGUAUAUUGGUUUGAUACAAUAAAACACAGGGAGAAAUGAGUGCAAUAGGUACUAAAAUAUUGAGUGACAGUGUAAAUCAGGGAUGGGUAACUUUUGAGGGUGGGGGCUACAAAACAUCUGAACUCAUGAGGGGCCGCAGUGGCUCGCGGGUCUGCGUACCCACAUCUACACCCACACCUACACCCACACAUGAAAGACCCGGCUCUAACCUUUUUGGGGCCCUAAGUAUUUUAUUUGCCCCGCGCCCCCUUUAAGUUUUAGACUUAAUUUCCUGCAUUCUACACAUUUUGCCAUAGGAUGGAGAGAAAUAUUUGCAGUAUUUAAUAUAUCUGAGUGAGAGUGACUAACAAAAUCAGUGGGGGCCCUGGUCGGUAAUUCAAACAUGAUUACUACAAGUUUAGAUAGCUGGCCACUAGACGGUCAUGAAAAUCCUGGAAAAGUCAUAGAAAUUGUGUUUUCCGGCCCUGGAAAUGUUUUGGAAAAUGAUCAAAUCCGUAAUGUUUUGGAAAAGUCAUGGAAAUUAAUGUAAUUUCUGUUAAUGUAAUUUAUUUAGGCACAGUUAACUUAUUUUUUUUUAAUCGAUCAAAUAAAAAUCAACAUAACAGCCAGGAUUGGAAUGACACUUUAGCGUGAUUCACUUCGCCAUAGAUACACACCGCGAGGCAUGGCUUAACGUGACUAAGCCCCCGAGUAGGGUACUCCCUUUACUUCCAUGUUAAAUUGCGUACUUUACUCAUAACCUGAAGAUGGCUGUAUUAUUUUUAUCAUUCUAUAAACAUUUUGGCUAUGCUUGGUUGGUCGUUUUGAAUAUACUUCCAUGUCGUCUUAAUCAACAAACUACAUCAUACCUAAAAACACUUUGAUUCUAAACGUUAAAAUGUUAGCAUUUUGGAAUGGACGUCACGAUAAUCAGCCAAAGCGCCGAUUCCAAUUGACUUUCUUCAGCUAGCUAACGUUAGCUAACUAACCCUGCUUUUAUAACUAAGAUGCCGAAAUGCUCUUGCGUCCCGUUUUGUUUGAACAAUAGUAGGAGAAAAGACCACCAAAUUAAGUUUCAUCAACUGCCAUAAGGACCAGGUUAGACUAACCUCAUGGUUUUCAGGCUAUACGCUGUGAUGAUGAUGGAAAGCUGUGGGCUCCGGUUACUCGAUACAUUUGUGUGUUCAAAGCACUUAAUUCACGGUAUGUCGCUAGCUAACACUUGUUUGUAUCUACUGUAACUAGCUAUGUGUAUUGCCUGUGUAAACCUGGAGAUUCCACCAAGUCAAUACAGCCAUAGGCUGUUUUGAGACAUUUGGUAGGGUUGUCUGCACAGCUGGUCUCAAGUUGAAAGGACAUAUAGGAAAGCCAACAACAAUCAACUUUUCUAAAUACCUAAGUCGUCUCAAGGGUAGGCAAAGACUAGAAGUAGUUACGCGGCAUAUCUAAGACUAGCGAAUUAGAUCGAGAUUAAUUUAUUUUGCUAGCCAGCCAGCUAACUCGGAGGCGUGGUCUUGCCGUGUGUAUCUAUUAUAUUAGUUAGUAUUCGGUUAAGUCACUGUGACUUGAAUCAUGUGAAUCAAAAUAAUAAUUUGUCAAUCACGAACAGUAGGAAAAAAAUAUUUGAUGUAGCCUUUCUUUUGGAUUAUGUGGCUUCAACUUGUUUUGUAGAUACUUCCAGUUGAUUUGGGAAUCCAAUGUAUGAGACAUUACAACUCAAUAGAUGCUAGCCAGCCUGCAAAGUAAACACUUAAGGUAGCUAAGAUAGGCUAAAUAUGACUAAACCCGAAAAGGUACAUUUCCUGAAGGAAAUUUGGGCUUGUUUCAGCUGAAUAAAAAUAUUUGUAGCCUGCCAUAGUCAUUUGAUCUUUGAUAUAUUGAAUGAGCUAAUUAUUUCAAAAGGCGUAUUUGCCAAAUAAAACGUAUUUGGUUGCGAUGUUGUACAUCAAGGAUGGUCAACCAUCCUCCAAGAGAGGUAAUGGUUCGGUAGGCUUUUAUUCCAGUCCCCCUAUAUCAAACCACAUUUUAGAAAUUAGCUGCUCAACUGGACCUUGAUGAACUGUCUCUGUGUUUGAGCAGAUUAGCUCUCCAGACUGAGGGUUGACCACAUGGUUUUUAUACAGUUGCCUAACAGGUAUUCUACUUUGUGGGGGGUUAGGUGCCUUGCACAACGACAGCAGAUGGUACAUGGGAUCAGAGAGCAGCCUCCCAGUGUCGAUUACCACAUUACACUUGCUUUUUUAUACAUACAGUGCAUUCGGAAAGUAUUCAGACCCAUUGUCUUAUUCUAAAAUUGAUUAAAUCGUUUUUUCCCCUCAAUCUACACACAAUACCCCAUAAUGACAAAGCAAAAACAGGUUUUUAGAAAUGUUUGCUAAUUUGUACAAAAUAAAAAAUGGAAAUAUUACAUUUUCAUAAGUAUUCAGACCCUUUACUCAGUACUUUGUUGAAGCACCUUUGGCAGCGAUUACAGCCUCAAGUCUUCUUGGGUAUGACGCUACAAGCUUGGCACACCUGUAUUUGGGGAGUUUGUCCCAUUCUCUCAAGCUCUGUCAGGUUGGAUGGGGAGCGUCGCUGCACAGCUAUUUUCAGGUCUCUCCAGAGAUGUUCGAUCAGGUUCAAGUCUGUGCUCUGGCUGGACCACUCAAGGAAAUUCAGAGACUUGUCCCGAAGCCACUCCUGCGUUGUCUUGGCUGUGUGCUUAGGGUCGUUGUCAUGUUGGAAGGUGAACCUUCGCCCCAGUCUGAGGUCCUGAGCGCUCUGGAGCAGGUUUUCAUCAAGGAUCUCUGUACUUUGCUUCGUUCAUCUUUCGAUCGAUCCUGACUUGUCUCCAAGUCCCUGCUGCUGAAAAACAUCCCCACAGCAUGAUGCUUCCACCUCCAUGCUUCACCGUAGGGAUGGUGCCAGGUUUCCUCCAGACGUGAUGCUUGGCAUUCAGGCAAAAGAGCUCAAAGCCUUCAAUCUUGGUUUCAUCAGACCAGAGAAUCUUGUUUCUCCUGAUCUGAGAGUCUUUAGGUGCCUUUUGGCAAACUCCAAGCAGGCUGUCAUGUGCCUUUUUUACUGAGGAGUAGCUUCUGUCUGGACACUACCAUAAAGGCCUGGUUUGGUGGAGUGCUGCAGAGAUGGUUGUCCUUCUGGAAGGUUCUCCCAUCUCCACAGAGGAACUCUGGAGCUCUGUCAGAGUGACCAUCGGGUUCUUGGUCACCUACCUGACCAAGUUUGGCCGGGCGGCCAGCUCUAGGAAGAGUCUUGGUGGUUCCAAACUUCUUCCUUUUAAGAAUGAUGGAGACCACUGUAUUCUUGGACGUUCAAUGCUGCAGAAAUGUUUUGGUACCCUUCCCCAGAUCUGUGCCUCGACACAAUCUUGUCUCUGAGCUCAAAGGACAAUUCCUUCAACCUCAUGGCUAGGUUUUUGCUCUGACAUGCACUGUCAACUGUGGGACCUUAUAUAGACAGGUGUGUGCCUUUCCAAAUCAUGUCCAAUCAAUUGAAUUUACCACAGGUGGACUCCAAUCAAGUUGUAGAAACAUCUUAAGAAUGAUCAAUAGAAACAGAAUGCACCUGAGCUCGUUCGAGUCUCAUAGCAAAGGAUUUGAAUACGUAAAUAAGGUAUUUCUGUUUUUAAUUUUUUAUAAAUUUGCAAAUAUUUCUAAACCUGUUUUUGCUUUGUGAUUAAGGGGUAUUGUGUGUAGAUUGAUUGACUUUUUUUAUUUAAUCCAUUUUAGAAUAAGGCUGUAACUUAACAAAAUAUGGAAAAGGUCAAGUGGUCUGAAUACUUUCCGAAUGCACAGUACAUAGAGAUGCCGCCAAUUGUUGAUAAUGGAAAUUUGGUUAGAAGUCAUGCAAAAGUCAUGAAAUUGCAUCUUUCAGAAUGUAUGAACCCUGGCUAGAGUAACUUACCAAUUUAAAAAAAAAAAAAUGUUAGCUGACGUGCUAAUUGAGUAACUUUUAGUGACUGACAUAAAAUAAACUGCUUAUGCGCACAACCACAGUUUUAAAUAUCACCUUGUGUAUUCUACUAUUCUAACUCAACAGUGAGUUGAGUUUAUUUUUGUGAAAAUUGAUCCACAGGCCUACAAAAGGGGGGCUGGCCGCCCAGUUGCCCAACCCUGAUGUAAAUUAUCUAGCCCCAUCCUUACAUCUGUUUUCUGUGCUCCAGGAGUGUUUCUUCUACUCACUGGUGUUUGACCCGGUCCAGAAAACCCUGCUGGCGGACCAGGGAGAGAUUCGGGUGGGCUCCAAGUACCAGGCCGAGAUCCCUGACAAGUUAGCCGAAGGUCUGUGUCUGUCUGUGUAGAAGGGGGGGGUGGGGGGGGUGGCUGAACUCUGACCUUUUACACCGGCCUAUCAGGUUGCAGCCUAUCAUAGUGAUCAUAGUGCUCUCAGACUACACAAUUGAAAUUGGGACCCAUUUCUAAAAGUGCUGGGUUUGAAGAAUGUCUGCCAUCUAUGACGUGUCUAAAUGAUGGAGUUGUAUGGGAUCUUAAAUCAUGAGUAGUGAGACAGCGGUCAUGUUCAGUAGGGCACGUAGGAACAUGUUUUGGAAUAGAAAAAGGGUAUCUGUGUUCCUAUUGGAGAACUCAAUUUUCUGCCCACUGAAACAACUCUAGAUAGACCCCAUAGACAUCACAGAAAAGGUAUCAACUCCUUCUGGCAGCAAGUAGUGCAGUUAGAUGUUGCCCUCGUCUUAUCUUCCCUAGUGUAGCCUAGCCAGUGUUAAGUUGAAGGUUGACAUUUUGUGAAGCUCGUUUGAGCCGCUGUGUAUCUGACACUAGUUCAGUCUGGUCAGACCGACGUGCAUAGCUGCUCAUUCUGCUGUCAUCACUCCCUUCACUCUCUCUCUCUGUGUCUCUCUGUGUCUCUCUCUCUCUCUCUCUGUCUCUGUGUCUCGCUCUCUCUCUCUCUCUCUCUCUCAUUCCUUUCUUUCACCAUUAUCUUUCCUCUCAAGUCUCUCUCUCUUGUUUCCCAAAUAGUGGGUCACGCAACCACAACCAAUGACUAUCUGCAACAUUAGUUGACAUGUCUGAUGGUUGUCUUCUUGGUAUCAUCCCUCCCAGAUGAAGCAGACACCCGUAUCCAAGAGAAGCUGGAGACCAAGGUGUGGCACCCUGACAACCAGCUCAAAGACCCUCAGAUCGACCAGUUUCUGGUGGUGGCUCGGUGAGUGUCCCCUGGCCCUGUCCCCCUCUAUCUGUCACACGUUGCCCUGGUUACGCUCUGUUGCUAUGGAGGUCCUUGUCAGGACCUUGUUGUCAUGAGCUUGGAGCACAUUCUGAUUUUGAGUAACGUGAACUGGAUGGCUUUGAGUUUCAAAGUGCCCACCUUUGAGCUUGAUGCUAGUGUAUUGAUAUUUUGCUAUUUUCUCAAGACAUCUUUGAACGGACCUGCCUAAGCGGUGUAGUAGCAGUAUGACCCCAGUCAACACACAGAAGUCUGUUUUUGGAGGGAAUCGACAAUGUAGGGAAUGCACCAUCUAGUGGCCAUAUGGGGAUCAUUCACACCUAUAUUACAGAAUCCCAUCUGAUAGGGUAUUUUUGUCUAGGCCUUGAUAAGUUGAGAGUUUGUCUGUUUCAGUACUGGGUUUGUCAUAGAUUGUAAUGAUGAUGAUAUUUGAUGGUUAUGUGUUCCAGUGCUGUGGGGACGUUUGCCCGGGCCCUGGACUGCAGCAGUUCCAUCCGUCAACCCAGCCUGCAUAUGAGUGCCGCAGCAGCCUCCAGAGACAUCACACUGGUGAGAUGCACACACUUUGUCCAUGUCCCAUGGUGACAAGAAAAUCACUAAGCGCUCUACAUAUAACCCUUAAAACAAUGGCCAUCUACUUUGUCCUAAUUACUACAUGUAAUGUUAUACAUUAUAUUGUACUAUACACAGCGGCCAGUUUAUUAGGUACACCCCGUUCAUGAAAAUGAAUCGCUCCUACAGAUAGUGUGGCCGUGGCUUGCUAUAUAAAGCAUGAAGACGGGCAUCGAGGCAUUCAGUUACUGUUCAAUUGAACGUGACAAUGGGAAAAAUGAGUGACCUAAGCGACUUUGAGCAUGGUAUGAUCGUCGGUGCCAGGCACACAGGAUCCAGUAUCUCAGAAACGUCUACCCUCCUGGCCUUUUCACCACAACAGUGUCUAGGGUUUACUGAGAACGGUGCGACGAACUAAAAACAUCCAGUCAGCGGCAGUCCUGUGGGGGAAAACAGCUCGUUGAUGAGAGAGGUUGACGGAGAAUGGCAAGAAUCGUGCAAGCUAACAGGCGGGCUACAAACAGGCAAAUAACGGUACAGUGCAACAGUGGUGUGCAGAACGGCAUCUCGGAACGCACAACUCGUCGGUCCUUGUCAUGGAUGGGCUAUUGCAGCAGACGACCAAACCGGGUUCCACUCCUAUCAGCUAAAAACAAGAAGAAUCGGCUCCAGUGGGCACGAGAUCACCCACACUAGACAAUUGAGGAGUGGAAAAACAUUGCCUGGUCCGACGAAUCCCGGUUCCUGUUGCGUCAUGUCAGUCAGGAUUUGGUGUAAGCAGCAUGAGUCCAUGGACCCAUCCUGCCUGGUGUCAAGGGUACAGGCUGGUGGUGUAAUGGUGUGGGGACUGUUUUCCUGGCACACAUUAGGUCCCUUGAUACCAAUUGAGCAAUGUUUCCAUGUUCUUAAGAUUUCAGGCUGUUCUAGAGGCAAAGGGGGGUCCGACCCGGUACUAGAUGGGUGUACCUAAUAAACUGGCCGCCGAGUUUACCAUAUCUAUUACCAUAUAAUAUAUCACAUAUUUCUAAAACAGUUCAAUAGGGUAACCUGUGCCUAAAAUGAACAAUAUAUCUAAUCGUCCCCUCUUUCCCCCCUCUAGUUCCAUGCGAUGGACACCCUGCAGAAGAAUGGCUACGACCUGGCCAAAGCCAUGUCCACACUGGUGCCGCAGGGUGGGCCGGUCCUCUGCCGUGACGAGAUGGAGGAGUGGAGCGCCUCGGAGGCCAUGCUGUUCGAGGAGGCCCUGGAGAAGUACGGCAAGGACUUCAACGACAUCCGCCAGGACUUUGUAAGUGGCCUCCCGUAUUCCUCUAAUAGAUAUCUGACUUGCGUUCAGAAGGAACAGUAAGGUAAAAUAUCUUGAAACUAGUAAGAAAAAUUACCUCCUCCGUUUCAAAAUGUACCUCCUGAACGCCACUCUAUAUUAACUGUAUCCUGAGUGCUUUCAUCUGGUCAGUGUUGAAGGAUGUUCUGACUCUGUUGUCCCCAGUUGCCGUGGAAGUCACUAGCCAGCGUGGUUCAGUUUUAUUACAUGUGGAAGACCACCGACCGCUACAUUCAACAGGUAAUAUACACCGGGUGGUUCGAGCCCUGAAUGCUGAUUGGCUGACAGCCAUGGUAUAUCAGACCGUAUACCAUGGGUAUGACAAAUGUGUUAUUUUUACUGCUCUAAUUACAUUGGUAACCAGUUUAUAAUAGCAAUAAGGCACCUCCGGGUGUUUGUGGUAUAUGGUCAAUAUACUACGGUUAAGGGCUGUAUCCAGGUACUCCGCGUUGCGUCUUGCCUAAGAACAGCCCUUAGCCGCGGUAUAUUGGCUAUAUACCACACCUCUGGCCUUAUUGCUUAAAUAUACACCACUCAGCCAUUCAGAGCCACACUCUUACAAAACAAUAUGAGAUUGUACUAUGCAUUGGCUUAAGUAAUGUAUAUUGCAGAGUUGUCUUCACAAGCAGAGCUACUUGUUGUUACUUUGCUAAUUUGAAUUGUAUGUUUGUUUCAGAAACGACUAAAGGCAGCAGAAGCAGACAGCAAGCUGAAGCAGGUGUACAUCCCCACCUAGUGAGUACCAGUCUGAACUGCAGCAGAGCCUAUGCACAAUCUCCAUCAUUACCACGGUAUCUAAACACACAAACUCUCUCCCUACCUCCAGCACCAAACCCAACCCCAACCAGAUCAUGGGUCCUGGUAACAAGCCUGGCAUGAACGGGGCCGCAGGCUUCCAGAAAGGACUGAGCUGCGAGAGCUGCCAUAGUGAGUAUUCUACCAUACAACUUUAGUAUGUGUUUUGUGUCUGGCCUAUUGUCUGGCUAACUGUAGUGAAAAAUUAAUGUGUGUAGUGUAGGUGAUUUUGACUUAUUUUUCCGGGCAUCUAACAGAUCUCCCCUCUGUUGCAGCCGCCCAGUCUGCACAGUGGUACGCGUGGGGUCCUCCCAACAUGCAGUGCAGGCUGUGUGCAUCCUGCUGGAUCUACUGGAAGAAGUACGGAGGCCUGAAGACCCCCACACAGCUAGAGGGGGCCGCAAGAUCUGGCUCAGUAUGUCUGCUAUUACUAACCUGCUUCCUUAAUCCUCUCAAAUACUGGGUGUAUCUCAAUAGCCUGCUUUCCUUUAUCUACAUAGGACGGGGAAGAGUGAGUUAAUAUUAUUUUCAUUUCGUAAUUCCUGGUGUUAUCAGAUCAUUACAGCGGCAGCAGAGGAGAGCAAGCCAAUGUAGACUAUUGAGAUAUUCAAUCAUGAUAUUCACGAUAUUUCGAUAUGUAAACUCUCUUGGCCCCUCCUCAGGAGUCCACACCCCGAGGUCACAUGACCCGCCAGGAAGUGCAGGGCCUGUCACCGUUCACGACAAGUGGGGGGCGCGCCAAGCUGCUGGCGAAAAACCGGCAGACGUUUAUCCUGCAGACCACCAAGCUGACGCGCAUCGCCCGCCGCGUCUGCACUGACAUCCUGCAGCCCCGCCGCGCCGCACGCCGCCCCUACGCCUCCAUCAACGCCAACGCCGUCAAGGCCGAGUGUGAGUAUACAGACACGCAUGGACUCACACACACACUCAUACACACUUUACUUUCUCCCGAGUGGCGCAGUGGUCUAAGGCACUGCAUCGCAGUGCUAGCUGUGCCACUAGAGAUCCUGGUUCGAGUCCAGGCUCUGUCGCAGCCGGCCGCGACCGGGAGACCCAUGGGCGGUGCACAAUUGGUCCAGCGUCGUCCAAGGUAGGGGAGGGUUUGGCCGGCAGGGAUGUGGGUUUGUUUCCCACGGGGGGCCAGUAUGAUUUUUUUUUUUUUGAAAAUUAAAUAAAAAAAACAUGUAUGCAUUCAUUAACUGUAAGUCGCUCUGGAUAAGAGCGUCUGCUAAAUGACUAAAAUGUAAAUGUAAUGCUUAUCGUCUUCUUGUCUCAGGUAUGAUAAGGCUGCCUAAAGCGACCAAGGCCCCUAUAAAGAACCGCUCGAUCCCUCGACCACCGCUGGCCACCAUAGUGAAGGAACUGGGUAAGAAAAUGGUCCAAUCACAGAAGAAAUGAUCAUUGAGAUCCUGAUAGGUCUUACAGUGGUGACACUGUGUGAAUUUACCCACGGUUGGAACAGACUCAAAAAAUCACUUGUGUUAUUUGUAGUUUUUCUCCCUAAUUGUAUUUACGUUUCCAUGCUCCAGUUGUCUAAAUAUAAUGAAGCGGUAUGCGCUUAUUAUAAGUGGCUUGGUUUGUGAUUGGGGCUCUCCUUUACUCUCCCCAGCCAUCCAGGCUCCACUCAAGCUGAAGGCUCCCAGAGGCACCCCCACCCCCAUCAACCGUAACCAGACCAACCAGCCCCGCGGGGGAUCGACCCUGCUCGGGAAGAGGCCCUUUGACAGCAGCGUGAGUACUCCACACACACACACACACACACACACACACAAACCACAACCACCAUUUUUUAAUUCCUCCUCCAUCUCUCCGUCAGUCAAUCCAGAUAUGUGACACUGACAGGUUCUUGUUCGGUAUAGACGGCCUCAGUUGCUGUAACCUUGGGUAGUGUCUCCUGUCUCUGUCUACUCAGACUGCAGAGAGGGACAGACUGGUUCUGGUUCCUCUGUAACAGUGGGAGAUCCACUGACCAUCUGUGUCUCCCUCCAUCACCUCCUUAGUAAAGCGGCAUGACCACAGCUUGGGCCAAGUGGCCACACACACACACCUCUCACCGUUCUUCUCUCAUUGGUCACAGGCGUUAGCACUGCCGUUCCCCACCAAUGGGAGGCCGUUCACAUCGGGCAUGAGGACCACCUCCCAGUCGGUGAUCAAGCGUCAGAAAGUGAACCAAGGAGACGCGCCAAACCCUGUGGUGUUUGUCGCCACUAAAUACACCAGGUAGGUGAUCUCAGAGUAUAGUGUCUGUUAUUCUCUUUAGUAGCAACCCGCUCUGGAAGAUGCACAUUACUUUCUGUGCUUUUUUUGUUGAAAUCUACUUAGUUCUAUAUUGGACACCUGACAAAGAAAACAAUCAGGUCUUUAUGGCAAAAAAUUAAGUGGGAGAAUUUGCCUUGAUUUAAGAUUUUUUUACCAAAAUGUUGCAUUUGUUGAUUAAUGUUUUAAUAUUGCAUUCAACUAGUUUGAAGAUGAGAAGUUUAACUUCUUCUUUGCACCUGUGGACUUUGACAUUAGGCUGUGUUUACACAGGCAGCCCAAUUCUGAUCAGAUCUUUUGCCAAACAUUGGGCAGAAAAUCAGAAUUGGGCUGCCUGUUUAAACACAGCCUUGGACUCCUAGGUGCGCCAAUGUUGAUCUGAGUCCUACAGCUAAUUCACCAUGUUGUGUUUCUCUCCUCUCCCAGGGCUCUGAGGAAACACCUGACCCAGUCUGAGAUGCGGCGGGCAGCCAGGAAACCACACCUCCCCGUCAGGGUCAAGCUGCCCCUGCCCCCCCGGCCCCUGGCACUACCCAUCCUGCCCUCCAGCACCAGCGAGCCCAUCGUCCUGGAGGACUAA